CUACAAUCAAAGUAACUGUAAAUGAUGAUAGUAGGAUUAGUUGCAUUGCGUUUUCCCUCCUUUUCAACGAUAUAAAAAUUUGAAGUGGAUAUUAAAGAAAAUAAGCGAUUCUGAUCUGUGACGUUUGUAGUAUUCAAACAAACGGUGAGGAUGUUUGAAGCACAUAGCAUUAACGCCGAGCACAAGGAUUUGAUUCACGACAUCGCAUACGAUUUUUAUGGACAGCGAAUGGCAACAUGUUCCAGUGAUCAAUUUGUAAAAGUCUGGGAUGAAGAUGAGCAUGGAAAUUGGCAUUUAACUGCAUCUUGGAAAGCCCAUAGCGGUUCUGUAUGGAAAGUUACUUGGGCCCAUCCUGAAUUUGGUCAGGUUCUUGCAACAUGUUCUUUUGAUAGGACUGCGGCUGUGUGGGAAGAGAUAGUUGGGGAAGGAUCGGGUCCUGGAGAACGUGGUAUGAGACAUUGGCUUAGGAGGACAAAUUUGGUAGAUUCCCGAAAGUCUGUUACAGAUGUAAAAUUUGCACCUAAAACACUAGGCCUUUUGUUAGCCACAUGUAGCGAAGAUGGGGUGAUAAGAAUAUACGAAGCUCCUGAUGUUAUGAAUUUGAGUCAAUGGACUCUGCAACAUGAUAUUAGUUGUAAGCUACAAUGUAGUUGUCUCUCAUGGAAUCCUUCUCUUUCAAGGCUACAUCCACCAAUGCUAGCUGUUGCAAGUGAUGAUUCAAACCCAUCUACCGGAGGAAAAGUUUUUAUUUACGAAUAUUCAGAAAGUAGUAGAAGAUGGGCAAAAACAGAAGCAUUGCAAAUUCAAGACCCUGUCCAUGAUAUUGCAUUCUCUCCAAAUUUAGGUAGAAGUUUUCAUACAUUGGCUAUUGCAACAAAAGAUGUACGAAUAAUUACGUUGAAACCUAUAUUGGACAGUGUACAAAGUGGUUCGGCACGUUUUGAAAUUACUGUAGCAGCACAAUUUUCUGAUCACGACUUUACGGUAUGGCGCGUAUGUUGGAAUAUUAUGGGAACUAUUUUAGCAAGUUCGGGAGAUGACGGUUGUGUUCGAUUAUGGAAAGAUAAUUAUAUUAAUAAUUGGAAGUGUGUUGCUGUUUUGAAAGGAGAUGGCACUUCUGCUCAAAGUGCCGAAACUCCUACAGCAGCAACACCACCCAACCAUUCUACAGGAACACAACAAACACCCUCCACAACAAGGUACUACAAAUUGGGUUCCAUUAGCCAUCCAAAUCAAGUGCCUUGGCAUUAGAAAAAGUGGUUUAAGUUUUUACCACAAUUAAUGGCUUUGUACUCUUUGUUAUUUCAUACAACUGUGUACUGUUUGUAUGAAAACUAUUGAAUUUAUAUUUAUACAAUAAAGGCAUUGAUUACUCUUAUUUUCUAAUAAAAUUCUGUUUUUAGUUUUUGCUAGCACUAAACCGAUUUACAACAAUUAUAAGUUUGUAGUAACGCACUCUACUAUUAUUUUAGUAAUUUGUAUUUUUUGUAAAAUAAGAUAGGUACAACAUGUAUGUUUUCUUAGAAUUUUUUUAUAAUAAAUCUUGUGUUAAUCGAUAGUUGUUUAACGAUUUAGGCAAAACGAUAAAUUUACUGUUUCCUAAAAGAGUACUGGUCAUUUUAGAAUGUAAAUU